AUGGCAGGGGUGGACGUUCAAAAUCAGCUUCUUGGAGAAACAACUUGUGGAUCAUUAUUGCAUCAGUUGCAAAAAAUUUGGGAUGAGGUGGGUGAAAGUGAUGAUGAAAGAGAUAAUAUGCUUGUUCAGAUAGAUCAAGAAUGUUUGGACGUGUACAAGAGGAAAGUGGACCAGGCUACAAAGUCAAGAUCACACUUUCUUCAGACAUUGGCAUAUGCUAAACUUGUGUAA